AUGGAGUCACAAUCAUUAUUUUCCAAGAGGUCCAAAUGCGAAUUUGGAAUGACAAAGAUAUUGUACUUGGGACACAUCAUCAGUGCUCGUGGGGUUCAAGUACAUCAAGAGAAAAUUCAGGCCAUUCUGGACUGGCCGCCUCCCAAGACUCUCUCGGAGCUGCGUGGAUUUCUUGGAUUGUGCAGUUAUUAUAGAAGGUUCGUGAAGGGAUUUUCACAGAUUGGUGCACCACUAACAAAUCUGACAAAGAGAGGAUCCUUCCACUGGGAUGUGCAGGCCCAACACACUUUCGACAAGUUGAAAGAAGUUAUGAGUACAUUUUCAGUUCUGGCACUACCAGACUUCACUCAUUCUUUCAUCUUGGAGUGCGAUGCCUCGGGUGAAGGCAUUGGAGUGGUGUUGAUGCAAGACCCUCACCCCAUCGCGUUCAAGAGUCGAAAGUUGUCUGGAGUAGAGCGGUUGUACUCCAUCUACGACAAGGAGAUGCUCGCCAUCAUGCAUGCACUGACAAAGUUUUGA